UCGAGACACGACGUUUUGUUUUCGUGCUCCGUAGGGGGGCUGUUGAGGAGAAUUCUGGAAUAUACUGUAUAGUUGAUCCCCGACACUGUUCUAGGGGGUUCCUUGCUGAGGGAAGAUUUGAUUUGCAAGUUGCGAUCGUUCACAGAGGUUAAGUUGUGAACUUUGGGAGACUUCAAGUAAUUCCAGAGGUUAUUGAGCCAUGGCUACCAGUUCGCCUCAAAGAGACCGCUAUCAUUUUACUGUGUUGUAUGAUGGCUGUUUCUCAGGGGAAGAAGACACCAACUCCGUCAAAUUAUCCUACAAGUUUGUAAAAGAUCUUCAAGAAGAAGGUGAAAGACGUGGCAUUCAUUGCCAUCUUCCACACUCGAGAAUAAAACCUGGAGAAAUCGAAGCUAGUGAAAUUUAUUCUGCUGUAGAAAAUUCUAACCAUGUCAUCAUGGUUAUGACUGAUGAGUAUUUACGAAAAGUACGUGAAAAUAAGAAAAAACAUCUGGAUGAAAGCGAAAAAGAUCCAAAUUCCAUGUUGCUGCACAUCCAUUAUAACAUAUUAAACUACAAAAUUAAAAAUAACACUGAUGGCAUAUUUAUAAUCCCCAUAUACCUGCAAACACAGAAGGAAGAAAUUUCCCUGGGCAGUUAUAAAUGCAUACGGCUAAGCAACAAAGAUGCUUGGGAAGACAAUUGGGAGAAAAUCUGGAAUAUUAUUCCUGAAGAUAUACAGCCAUCAGUGUUGAUUGGAUCAGCAGUAUCUUCUCCAGGGUCCAGUGUGCCAGAUGCUGGGGAAUCGGAUGGUCCAGCAGAUAGUGGAACAGUGCUGGAGUACAUGAGUGUCUCAGAGAUGGAAGGAUACUGUAGCAACAAUUCUUUGGGGAAGAGCAGAUUUGGAGAAGUUUUUAAAGCAUACAUACAACACUGUAAACAAUAUAAGUAA